AUGGAUAAGCUGGUAUCCCGACGAAAUGCAUUGCUAAUGCAGUUGAAAUGGGAGCGCUCGGAAGCAGACAAAAUUCAUGACCGGAUCGGUGAAGCAGUUGAUCGGCUUGACCAGUUGAAAGAGAUUGCUGAUAACUUUCGGAAAACGCAACGAGAAAUAGAAGAAAAUCAACCUGAUGCAGAGGCGAUUGCGUCAGUGCACAAUUAUCGAGAGGAAUUUACUGCUAACUAUUAUCGCGCAAAAGAUUGUUUGGAGCAUUAUUUAACACAAUUGAAGGAGGAUAGUAUAGACACAGCUUCCAUAACUAGUGAAAACACGGUUGUCAAUACAUGCCAGGACCUGAAGGAAGCGAUGAAAAUGCUGCUAGAAUCUCAGCGAACGAUGAUGCUAGCAAACCAGCUUGGAGGAAAUGUCGAUUCAGCAGGAGGAGAACAGGUAUCGAAUCGUUCACCCCAGUCAGUAGUUAGACUUCCCCCGAUAAAUGUACCAACGUUUAGUGGCGAAAGAAAACAUUGGAGGUCAUUCAAAGACAUCUAUGAGACAACAAUUCAUAAUCGAAUGGAUUUGAAAGAUUCGAUGAAAAUGCAGUAUUUGGUGUCAUAUUUGGAAGGCGACGCGAGGCGACUGGUCAGUUCGUUCCCGAUUUCGGAUGCCAACUACAGAGAAGCAUGUUCAACUCUUACAAAUUUUUACGACAAGAAAAAGUACACUGUGUUUGCUUUGGUGCGAGAGUUCGUGGAUCAAUCGGCGAUAAAUACUGCCAGUUCGAGCAAUCUGCGAAGGUUAGUUACGACAUCUGAUGACGUAGUCCGUCAACUUAACGCGCUUGGAGAUGAAUUCAACACUCGCGAUCCGUGGCUGAUCCACCUAUUAUUGGAAAAAAUAGACAAGGAAACUCGUUCGCUGUGGGCGCAAAGAAUUAUUGACAUGGAGAAUCCGACGUUCGAAGAGUUUUUGAAAUUCUUGGAUGAUCGAUGUGAUGCUUUGGAAACGUGUACUGCGUUUUCUAAGAAACCAGAUGGGGGAAAGGAGUUAGCAAAAAAGCAGCCGCCGAUGGAGAAGAAAUUGCAGUCUUUGCAUACUGCAAAAGCAGUAGAAAAGUGCGCGAAAUGCUCCAGUGAGCAUCCCGUUUAUCAGUGUUCUGAAUUUAAAAAGUUAGACAUUCAAUCUAAACGUGAUUUAGUGCAGAAAGCAAAGUUGUGUUAUAAUUGUUUGCGUUCUUCGCAUAUCGUUAAAGAUUGCUCGUCGAAAUCUUCGUGCCGUACGACAGAUUGUAAAAAACGGCAUCAUACACUACUAUGUCCGUUAGUGGAUGGUUCGAGAGAUAAACAUACGGAGAAGAGUGAAACGAGUAACAAUCCUCCAGAAGUUACUGAACCAGUCAUCAACGUGCAUGUUACUCAAGUGCCAAAGGAACCGCAACAGUUCGUUCCAAUACUUCCGACUGCCAUUGUCCGUGUACAAGGGAGUGACGGAAACUUACAGCAUGCACGUGCGUUACUCGAUUCUGGUUCUGAAGCAUCGUUAAUUUCGGAAUCAUGCGCCAAUAAACUCGGUUUAUCGCGCAGCAGUGGCAAAUUUUUGGUUUCUGGGUUAGGCCAGCAACAAGCUGGAACGACUCGAGGGCUUGUUCGUCUUGCUUUAGCUAAUCGAUUCAGUGAUACGAUUCUUCUGCAAACGAAGGCCUUCGUGAUGGGCAAACUAACCUCAACGUUGCCUACACAGAAUUUCAAAAUGAAUGCGAAUAUUGAGCAAGUGCGGAUGUGUCUGGCAGAUCCAAACUUCAAUCAACCGGGUCACAUCGACAUCAUUCUAGGUUCGGAUGUCUUUCUUGCUCUCCUGGUAGCGGGGCAAGUCAAGGACAACUUGGGCAUUCCUGUGGCCCAGAACACCAUAUUUGGAUGGAUUAUUUCGGGAAAUCAUGCUAUUUAUACUUCGGAAGUUCGCAGUAACCAUUCAAUCAUCAACCUGCAUUGCGAUGUGGAUAUCAACCGCACUUUGCGGCAAUUUUGGGAAGUGGAGGAGGUUCCGAAGCAGCCGGAACUCACCACUACAUAG